AUGGCGAGUAUCCGAGACAUAUCUACCGCUUUACGCUUGUCAUCGUCUGCUGACCCACACCUGCUGGGGAGCCAUUUCUCGCACGAAAUUCACACCUGCAUCGCCUGGACUCAAGCCCAUUUCGAUCCUAUCGAUUCGGAGGCCCAACAUUGGAUCUACACAUGCCCCUUCCUCUCGACCAUCCACUCCUUCCGCUUAGUCCCUGGGAUAUUCACGCGUACCAUGACCAUUCCGACAGCAACAGGCGAUCUCGCAAAAUUGCCUGAGUCCAAGCCUGGCUGGUUGAUCCAGCUGGCCAACGACUUGGUGAAAUCAGGCGCAAGCGACAUCGGCACUUCCAUCAAUCCGUCUCGGGAACUGGCUUGGAAGCAUGUGUUUCAAGUCAUCGGGGUCGGGGCCAAUUCUCUCGAAGAUUCUGCUGCAAAAUUCUGCGACGAUCUCACCGAUGCGUUGCUCAUACCUUCCUGCCACAGAUUAUGUCGACUGCGCACCGGGUCAAUGGAGCACCUUACCAGCGAAGGGGACGCGCUACUGGUGCUCGGUGAGGAGGACGGUACGGUCAAGUUGUUUGACUAUAAAGACCUGAACUUCACCGCUGCUCGAUUGGAGUACAUAGCUGCGACUGGUUUGUGA